UCCCGCACCGGGGACGGCCCCGCACCGGGCACCGAGCAGCGAACACCGGACUCCGUCCCUGCCACGGUGCCCGGCGUGCCAAGCCUGCCCCACGCGGAGCCCAGUGCCCCGCUGCCGGCCCCACACCCGCAACCCCAGCCCGCACCCCGUGGCACGGCCCCGCCCCGUCCCUCACACGCCGCCCCCACGGCCCCGGGGACCUCGUGUUGCCAGGAGCCGCCCGCAGCCGCGACAGCAGCACCGCGCUCUGCGGGAGGCUGCGGGACCCCGGCCCCACGCACCAUGCGCGGCCUCGGCGCGGUGCUGUCCCGCCGCUGGGACCGACCCCCGCGGGACUCAGCCGAGCCCGGUACCGACACCGGACACGGACAGGGCGCUGCCAAGGCCCGGAGCUGGAUCCUGGACCCCUCCAGGGACCGCUACUACUGGUGGCUGAGCGCCAUGGUGCUGCCCGUGCUGUACAACUGGGUCGUCAUCGUCUGCAGGUGCUGCUUCACGCAGGUGCAGGAGCGGCACGCAGCGCUGUGGCUGGGCCUGGACUGUGUCAGCGACGCGCUGUACCUGCUGGACAUCACCGUGCGCCUGCACACCGGGUUCCUGGACGAGGGCAUCCUGGUGCAGGAUCGGGAGCGCAUCCGGCGCCGCUACCUGCGCUCCAGCAGCUUCGCGUGGGACGUGGCCUCGGUGCUGCCCAUCGAGCUGCUGUGCCUGCGCCUGGGGCCAGCCAUGCGCGCCAACCGCUGCCUGCGCGCCCCGCGGCUCUUCGAGGCCUUCGACCGCCGGGAGACGCGCACAGCACACCCCUACGCCUUCCGCAUCGCCAAACUGAUGCUCUACGUCUUCGUGGCCAUCCACUGGAAUGCCUGCCUCUACUUCGCGCUGUCCGUGCACUUGGGGCUGGGCUCCGACGCGUGGGUGCACCCCAACGGGAGCCGCCCCGGCUUUGCACGCCCGCUGCGCCAGUACCUGCACAGCUUCUACAUCUCCACCCUCAUCCUCACCACCGUGGGUGACACACCGGAGCCACGCCGCGAGGAGGAGUUCCUCUUCAUGACGGCCGGCUUCCUGCUGGCCGUGCUGGGCUUCGCCACCAUCAUGGGCAGCAUGAGCUCCGUCAUCGCCAACAUGAGCGCGGCCGACGCUUCCUUCUACCCGGAGCACGGCCCCGUGCAGCGCUACCUGCGGGCUCACGGCGUGGGUGGGCGGCUGCUGCGGCGCGUGGCCGCGUGGCACGAGCACCUGCACGCGCAGCACAAGCUGGCGGAGGAGCACACCGUGCUGCGGCACCUGCCUGGGCACUUGCGUGCCGAGGUGGCCGCCAGCGUGCACCUACCAGCGCUGCGCAAGGUGACCCUGUUCCAGAGCUGUGAGCGCGGCGUGCUGGAGGCACUGGUGCUGCGCCUGCGCCCACAGGUCUUUGGGCCUGGAGAGUUCGUGUGCCGGCGCGGCGACGUGGGCCGCGAGAUGUACUUCAUCCGCGAGGGGCGGCUGGAGGUGCUGGCAGCCGACGGCGUGACCCAGCUCGCCGUGCUGGGCGAGGGGCUCUACUUCGGGGAGAUCAGCCUCAUCAACAUCCCCGGGAACCGCUCGGGGAACCGGCGCACAGCCGACAUCCGCAGCAUUGGCUACGCCGACCUCUUCUGCCUGGCCAAGGAGGACCUGGCGGAGGUACUGACCGAGUUCCCCAGUGCCCGUGUGCUGCUGGAGGCCAAGGGCCGUGAGAUCCUGCUGCGCAUGGACAAGCUGGACGUGCACGCUGAGGCAGCGGCAGCAGCAGCACGAGAGGAGGCUGAGCACCGAGCACGGCUGCUGGAGGCAGCACUGGAGGCGCUGCAGACACGAAUGGCGCGGCUGCUGGCACAGCUGGAGUCCAGUGCCCUCAAACUGGCACUGCGUGUUGGGCACCUGGAGAGCAGGGCCCAGCAGCGCAGGGACUGGGGACAGGGGAAGGGCAGGGACAGGGGUUCCAGCAGGCUGCAGCAUGCUGCAGGGGGAGGGGGACCCGAGGGGGGACCAACCAGGGCACAAGAUCCCACUAAGGCACAGGGUCCCACCAAGGCACAGGGUCCCACCAGAGCACAGGGUCCCACUGGUGCACAAGAUUUCACUGGUGCACAGGGUCCCACUGGUCUACGAGGUCCCAUUGGCACUCAAGGUCGCACUGGCACACAGGGUCCCAGUGGUGCACGGGGUCCCACUGGUACACAGGGUCCCAGUGGUGCACGAGGUCCCACUGGUACACGGGGUCCCACUGGUACACGGGGUCACACUGGUACACGGGGUCACACUCGUGCACAGGGUCCCACUGGUACAUGGGGUCCCACUGGCAUACGGGGUCCCACUGGUGCACAGGGUCCCACCAGGGGUCGGGGUCCCACAGGGGCACGGGGCGCAUGGCCCAGAGGCCGCUGGCGCUGAGCAUCAGGGAUCUGCCUGGCUGGCAAGUGUGCAGUAGCAGUGACAGUCAGUGCUUUGUGACAGUCGAUGCUAGGUAACAAUGACAACAGUUGCUAGGUAACAAUGACAACAACCACUAGGUGAUGGUGACAAUAGUUGCUAUGUAGCAAUAACAACAGUUGCUAAGUGA